CCGAACACGGCCAAAGGCGCCAAAACAAUUGCUGCUAAAACGAUUUCCAUGACUAGUACAGGAUUUGUACCUUUUACAAAAUGUAAUCAAUCACAUGUACUAAGACAUAUGGCUAAAAUAUUUAUUAAAGGCCUAUUCAAGAGGUUAAACACUCAAGUCUAUCGAUAUAUCGAUGUCGGAUGUCGCACUACACUGGUUGAUAAGCACAGCGAGGACGCAAGGAGCAUGGAGCAGGGUGGUGACAAAAUAUAUGACGACUUCUUCGACAGCCUUCGCAGCAAUAAUGGCCCACGUAACCUGAGCCAGAUUUUCGAGGAUGACAUCAAGCCACUGGAGAACGAGUCCCGCAACAUGCGCUACCAGCCGUCGUCGGUACUGAAGCAGCAGCAGAGACAGCAACAGAAAAAUGAAAGCAAAGAAAAGCCCAGUUCCGCUCUCUGCCAGAAGUGGAACGUGGAGCCCGGCAUUUGGACCACUGUGAUUGCCAAGGUGGCGCACGCGUUCAGUGGCAGCGAUGAUAUGGGGCGCGUGGGCGUGGCUCUUUCCCUGCACGGCGAUGGCAUCGCCAAGCUGAUUCUGUACAAGACAAAGAGCAAGGUGCUAGCCAGCGUAGUGCUAACGGAGCCGAACGCAUCUGUGAUUGAGCGGGAGUCCUACAUACAGUUCUACGCUGAUGACCAGCGCUUCUGGAGCCUGCGCUUCUACCAGAACGCGGAUGAGCAGGAUAUCAUUCAGGCUUUGCGUAAAUAUGAUCUGCCAUGGACCGGUGCCGCUUCCAGUUGCAUCUCAUCUUCGAUCUCGGAUCAGGAAAGCAAACCAGAGAAAGAUGUCAAAAAGAAGUCGCAGCUGCAGGUGCAGCCUCCCCAGCCACAGCCUCGGUCCCGUCUUGGGCCGAAUGUAAACACAACCCAUAUCCCACCCGUGGAGCGUCCAUUGGUAGACGAUGUUUUAAUGACGCCGGUGCCCCGUGCUAUUGGGCUCAGUCACAGUAGCAGUAGCAGCAGCAGCAACUUGUUGCCGGUACGACCGGAGGAGGAGAUUCACGACAGCCUAAUGGUCGCCAAAAGGGACUCGGGGAACGAGAUGGAAAACAAAAUGGACACUAUACUGCAGGCGAUGCAUCGCUUGGUAAGCGGCGCAGCCAGCAGCAGUACCCAGCUGAUUGAGAAGCAUCAGAACGCACAUGAAAGCGAGGACGAGCUGAUCGAGCUGGAGCAGAAGUUACUCAACCUCAAGCGUGAGAAUCGCACUCUGGUGAAGAGCCUGCGGGCCAAAGAGCAGGCUCUGGAAGAGCUUCGCACAUCCAGCAGUGUCCUCGGCGAGCAGAACAAAGAGCUGAAACAGCAGAACACGGCUCUGCUGGCGGCCAUGGCCAGCAAGGCGUACGAUCAGGUCAACAGUUCCUCCUGCACUAGCUGCCUCAAUUGCGAGCAAUCCGCAAGCCUCAUAUCAGUGCUUAAGCGUCAGGUGGCGUCGCUACAGAGUGCCAUGGAGACAAUGGCGGAAUCAGACGCGGCUGUUCACAGAAACAGACUCUAGAGAGAGAGAGAGA